GUUGCUCACGCUAUUCGCCUACUUUGGGAUCGUUGUUCACGGGAUGUUCUUGUGGUCGGCACUAUAUUACAUGCCAUUGUACUUUGAAGCAGCUAAGAGCCUUUCUCCAAAGAUGUCAGGGGUCGCUCUCUUCCUAUGCGCGUUUACAACCAGACCCGCCCAGCUGCUGUUGACCUCAUCAUUGAGAAAACUGGCCGAUGGCAGCCUUGGUCUUGGUAUCCUCUAUCGAGUGAUGAUUUUCGCCAUCCAAGCCAGCUCAAGCAACAUGUGUCUUUUAUUUGCCGCUGUUUUAUACUCUUUCUUCCGCAAUUUCGGACAGAUGUUAGGAUUUGCCGUCGGAGAGACUGUCUUUCAAAAUCAGGUUAACAAGAAGUUGUUUUCGUAUCUAGAGCUCAAACAGGAUGCAGUUCUGCUUAGUAAGGACGCUUCAGCACUUGUGGAGGUAAUUAGGGCAUUAUCAGUCAUCUUACAUGGAUGCUUUAAGAGUAGUAUGAGUUAUUAUGACGGGUCUGACUGUGCGGCGUUUUUUCUCAGUGUCGCAUUUACAAUGGCGAAGACACUUGAGAGGGAAUUAGGAACAGACCAGGGUUUCUUAUACAAUGGACGCUAUCUAUCGUAG